AAGAGGAGGAGAAGAGGAGAAGAAGAGGAGGAGAAGAGGAAGAAGAGGAGAAACAUGGAGCCACAGACACUGAAUUAAUCCUGUGAAACUGAUUGAAUAUGAUUUUAUAAAUCACUCAGCGGCGGAGACGGUUUGUUGAAGCUUCAUUUAAAAUGUCAGUGAACACUUCCUGUGAGGAGACGAGUGUGUUCAGGCUCCUCGCGGGUCGCGUGGUGAAGAGGCCGAGGCAGGAGGAUGGUCAGCGGCUGCAGGAAGCAGCGAUUCAGCUGCUGGAGCAGCAGCAGAACCUGAGCCGUCUCCUCAGGGAGGUGUCUGAUCACGAUCGGUGCCGUCAGACUGGAGACCAGAGACCUGCAGCUGGAGGCAUCACAGGGUCUCUGCUGGAGCGUGAGCUGAGGCGUCGGGCCACGGAGCUGGGCGUCCCGGUGGCCGUGCUGUCGGUGAAGUUGAUACUGGAGAGACUGACGGAGAUCACCGCAACUGAAGGAGACGAGGACGAGAGGCGAGAGCUGCUCACUUCCUCUCAGAGAGUCCAACUGUGUGUCCUGCUGGAGUCCAGCAGAGAACUGGUGUCACAGGGAGCCCUCUGCCCUAAACUGCUUUGGCAGGAGUACAGGAGGGAUCAGAAGCUCCCCACGCUGGAGCUGGUGAUGCAUCUUCACUGCUGCAGCAUCCUCUCUCUGAAGUACAUUUUAGAGACUGAUGAGGGCGUGAGGGUUUGGUUGGCGUCUCAGCUGAAGGCUCUGUGCAGCUGGACGCCUCCGCAGGAGGACGAGGAGACCGAACAAGUUCAGCUCAAAGUGUUGUCAACGGUCGUUGGCGUCCUGGUGGGAUGUGGCUUUGAGCUGAACUCUGAAGCUGCAGCUCCAGAGCGGAGGAGGAUCUCUCUGCUCUGCUGCUCACUGCUCGAUGAACUGCUCUUCUGGCUUCUGGACACUGUGGACAAGAGUCUCACAUCACAGUCGGCUGGAGCAGGACCUGAGCUUUGGAUUCAAAUAUUUGACGCUUCAUUAUGCGGAGUUUCAGCGUCAGCCGAGGCCGUUCGGCGUUUCUUCACACACUCCCUCACUCAGGCUCUGACUUAUAAGCCUCGACUCACAGUGUCAGACGCCAUCGCUCUGCAGAACGACUGGACCUUUGCGAAAGCCAACCCCUUGUUAAUGUCUCUUUUCCGUAAGCUGGCUGUGAUCUUCAGCGUGGAGCUGCUGCUGCGUCACCUGCAGCAGGUUCUGGAGACGCACGAGGUCAACUGGAAACACGUCCUGUGCUUCCUGUCCACGCUGCUGGUUUAUAACCCCUCGGCUCCGCCCAGCCUCAGAGAGCUGCUGUCCCGGCUGCUGACUUCUGCUUUUGAAGGCUAUGACUUGGAGCACAUGAUAACGGCCUUCCUGUUGGCUCGGCAGGGGGCGCUAGAGGGAGCCGGCAUCUUCUCCUCCUACAGCGACUGGUUCAAGAUGUCUUUUGGUGGCAGCAGUGGCUUCCACGCAUCGAGUAAGAAAUCUCUGGUGUUCCUGUUGAAGUUCCUCUCGGACCUGGUUCCUUUUGAGCCCCCGCAGUACCUCAAGGUUCAUGUCCUCCACCCUCCGUUUAUCCCUGUGAAGCACCGCAGCCUCCUGAUGGAGUACAUCUCUCUGGCCAAGACCAGGCUCGCUGACCUCAAGGAGUCAGUGGAGGACAUGGGUUUAUAUGAGGAUAUUUCUGGUGCAGGUGGAGCAUCAGGAUCAACACAGCCCCAGUGCCAGGCUGUGCAGGAUGUGGAGAAGGCCGUGUCUCUGUUUGAGAGCACAGGAAGAAUCUCCGCCACAGUCAUGGAGGCCAGUAUUUUCCGGAGGCCGUAUUUCCUGACUCGAUUCCUUCCUGCUCUGCUGAAGCCAAGAGUGCUUCCCGUGAAGGCUGACGGUCGGAUGAGUCUCAUAGAAGCUUUGAAAAAAGCGGACAAGAUCCCUGCCGCCCAGUACUCGUCUUACGUGGAGUCUUGCCAGAGACAGAGACGACAGGAUAGAAGUGCCGUGUGUUUGGACGCCGCUGGCGAUCCUCUGGAGGUCCUGAAGGUUCAGCUGCAGGAGUUCAGACGGCUGGUCGUUGAUGGAAAUGACGGAGACAUGAUGGCGCAGCUGUCCAGGGUCUCACACACGCUCAGUGUCGUCUUCCCUGGUCGUCCCGAUGAGCUCAUCGGACAAACUGUCAUCGAAGUUCACGUAGACGUUCCCCUGUCCCCUGAGCUACAUGUCAAAGUCAUCAACAUGAUCCUCAGAAACUUCUGCCAGUGCAUGUUAGACGCUUCUCGAGCAAAUCCCCCGAAUAAACAGAACCCGUGGGCCUCCAGGUUUGUCGGUGUGCUGCUCGGCAACACACAGCUGAUGUCCAGCCUCAUACACAGACUCUGGGACCUGUUUCAUAAUCAGGGCUCCGUGCUGAGCGCCGCCCAUGUGCUCGGUCUGGCGGCAUUUGUAGUCCACCUCCACGACUCCGCGUCCCACAGUUCUCUGAUUCAGCUGGUCCCACCCAUCCUGCCCGAACCGGUACCUGUUGGAGAAGCUCUGAGCGCAGCGCUGGUGUGCAGCACACACACUGACAUGCUCUUCUGUGUCAGGUUUUGUGUGGCAGCUGUGUGUUACGGGAUCUGCAGAGGAGACUCGCUGCCUCAGCAGCAGCAGCACGACUUCGUUCCCAGCAGCCUCUAUAAGAAGCUCCUCUAUCUCAUCCCGAGACUUUUGCCCGAGGCCAGAAGGACGACCGUCACUGCCGAAGGUGCGGUGGAUGAAUCCCAGGAGAAAAACCUGUGGGGCAGUGCCACAGAUGCCAGCGCCACCUGGAGGACGACCGCAUGGCGUCUGUGGAGACACGCAGCUUUUCACCAGCUAGGAAACAAACCAGAGUAUCAGCUGUCGUUCUCUGAUUGGCUGGUUAAUGAGCUCAGAGUACAGAGAAGUGAGGACGCUCUGUCGGACCCAGAACGUCAGGAGUACCAGCAGUGGGCCUGUCUGGAGCUUUUCUGGCCUCGUGCAGAGGAGCAGGGCGGCUGUGGAGGAGACAUGAGGAGCCUCUGCUCCCAUCUCCUCGAUGCCGUCAUGGACCAGCAGUUAAAGGACCAGAGUCUGGAAAGGUUGCAUCACCGAACCUCAGCCACCGGGACGUGUCUGCCUGACAUCAUAUCCAGAUUACAGGAGUGCGUCUGUGAGAUGGAGGUGACCGGACUCUCUGGCAGCCGGAGUGGAAGAGCUGACGUGUGUGACUUCCUGUUCGAGUUCAUUUCUCGGAGAUGCUCCUCGGCGGUGGGCUCGAUUUCCGCGUCUGUCGGCUCGGAGCUCAGCCUGCAACACACGCUGAACACAUGGAACAGAGUCCUGCUGGCGCUCCCACCGCUGCUGUUCGUUAAGGUGACGGCUGGAGGAGGGCGGACGACUCUGGACUGCACCACACUGAUGGAACACGUCAACCAACAUCAGAGGAAGGUGUGUUCUCCUGCCGGCCUGAUGUCUUAUCAUCUGACAUCACACUUCCUGAGGGGCGUGUUGUCUGCCAGUGUGUGUUGUGGACGUCCCACGGAAGAAGUGAACAAGGCCUGGAGUCAGAUCAGUCUCCACUGUCCUCUGCUCCUCACCUGCACUGUGCACUGGUGGGAGCGUCUGUCUCCAGUGCUGUCAUCACUGUGGAGUCGUGUGUGUGACGGGGAGCCUCUACCAGAGCAGCUGCGGCUCCUCACUGCCUGUCGUCACUGGGCCCACAG